AUGGACCUGCAGUUGAGCCUCUUUGACGCCUUCUCAAGACAGGCAUUCAGCAAGGACGACAAGCUUGACGAUGGGGAGAAGAUCGACCAGGUGGAGAUCGAUCGUGUUCGAGCUCAAGACCCAGACUCGCUAGCCUUCUUCCAAGCUGUGGUUCUGUUAUCUGGUGUACUGGAGAUGAUGCAUGUCGACGAAUUAAACGUAGACAAGUGGCAAUGCCACUUGUCUACGUUUAAAACGCCAGAUAUUCCGCACAUGAUCUUGUGUGGAAUAUCAUGUGCGGAAUAUCUGGCGUUUUCUGAGAACAAAGAGAGAGAAGAAGCGCACAUUGCACGUUUGGAUUGA